GUUCAUACGACGUGCCGCGUGCAUCUGACCAAUCAGGGACGAGAACGGAAGUAAUGUCAAACCAGUUCCAUUUUAGUGUCCGGGCAGUGUGGACGUAUUUGACGUUAAAAAGGAUUCAACGUUUUUCUGUUUCAACGCGGCUUUUCGUAUAACGUUUUUGGAUUUAAUUGUGCGUUAAAGUGAAGCUUGUUUAUGAGUACUAAUGUGUGACCUUAUAAAGUGAUUUAUAAGACGAUUUAUUUGGUUUAAAUGUAGGUUGGUUUUCGUCACUGGAUGUAGUUAUUUUUAGCAGUAGCUUGUUAAACUUCGUGCGAUGUGAGUGUCUUAAUUUAGAGCGUUGCAUGUACAACAUCUAAGUGCGCGUCAACUAAAAUGAAAAAGAAGAGAAAAUCAAGAGUAAAGUUCAUCUAAAGAUAUAAAGACAGUGAAAUUAAUUUAUUCUUAAUCGUAAUAAAACAUAUCAAAUUAAAUAGAGUCUAAAACCAGACAGGACUGGCCGGUUAAAUAAAAGUGAUUUAAAAAAAACUUUGAACAUAUAUUCCUUUGUUUACUAAAAAUAAUAGUAAAGAUUAAAUCAAUUAAGAUUAGUGGACAUAUCAGGAUUUAUCUUGUGUCAAAAAUCGCGCGCAUCCGAACUGUCAAAUCUGUUUCAAGGUUAGAAGUGGCCAGUGUGUGAAGUGCGCAAAUAGUUUGGUUGGUGUUAAAUAGUGGCGUCAAAGUGGCCGGGGACGAGCACUUGGACAUGCUGGGGGGCCCCGAAUGGGGGCAGCGGGAGGCGACGCCCCCCCGGGACGCCCCCCUGCCGAGCUUCGGCUUCACACAGGAGCAGGUCGCGUGCGUCUGCGAGGUUCUUCAGCAAGCUGGUAACAUCGAACGCCUAGGCAGGUUCCUCUGGUCUCUGCCAGCGUGUGAGAGACUGCACGCCCAUGAGUCAGUUCUCAAAGCAAAGGCAAUGGUAGCCUUUCAUAGAGGCAAUUUUAAAGAACUCUACAGAUUGUUAGAGUCGCAUACAUUCAGUCCGCAUAAUCACACGAAGCUCCAGAAUUUGUGGUUGAAAGCUCAUUAUAUGGAGGCGGAACGCUUGCGAGGUCGGCCGCUGGGCGCGGUAGGCAAGUACCGCGUACGACGCAAGUUCCCCCUGCCCCGCACUAUAUGGGACGGCGAGGAGACUUCCUAUUGUUUUAAGGAAAAAUCCCGAUCAGUUCUACGAGAUUGGUAUCUCCACAAUCCGUAUCCGUCGCCUAAAGAGAAAAGAGAGUUGGCAGAGACCACAGGACUGACUACUGUACAGGUGUCAAAUUGGUUUAAAAAUAGACGACAAAGGGACAGACAGGCAGAACAUAAAGAUAGUGGCGGUGCUGGCGACAAGCCGCUGGAUUCGUCGACUGAUGAUGACAGUGAUGCACCGCACCCUCCAGCGCUUCCGCCGCAGCCUCUCUACCCUCUGUACGAACAUCCACUGGCACACCUUCAGUACCACACCUGACAUACCUACUACACGCAUUAAUGCACAUCUCAGUAAGACCCCUUUUCCACUAAACGACUGUCGCCAUAAGUGGGUUUCUACUCCAGUGACAUUUUAUCUGCAACUGAGCCCGUAGUAAAAUGUAUUCGAUUAGCGAUAUGUCAAAAUGUAUAGACCGAUAUCAGAUAUGUUGGGCAUAUAUAUUUUUUUUUUAUUUCACAAGGUGGCAAACGAGCGAGCGGCAACCUGA